AUGCCUCCCAGGCCCAAACCGCCACCACCCACGCACUUUCUGUGCAUCCCCUUGGUCACACCCACCUCUCGCCCCCAACUAGCCGCCUCGCUCUCCGCCUUCAAAGAAGAAGUCACGCUCCCCCCUCCGCAAGGGUUUUCCCUACCAGAGACGGCUAUUCGACCUCUGGGGACUCUACAUUUGACACUUGGUAUCUUCAGCUUCCCGCCGCCGCCGUCGCCGUUGGUGAAUGGUGAUCGUUCUGGCGCGAGCAUACCACCGAGCGAGGGUAGACUGGAGAAGGCAAAAUCUGUUUUGGCUGGGUUGAAUUUGAGGGAGAUGUGGAGUUCUGUUAAAAAGGAGGGUGAGCCAGACCAGCCGAGGGUUACGCUUAAGGGUCUGGAGAGCAUGCACCCGCUGCCGAAAACCGCCGUCUUGUACGCCCUGCCUACGGAUGAGAACUUCACUGGUUCACUUCAGAGGUUUUGCGAGUCUGUCAGGGAAAGAUUGUUACAGGUUGGGGAAGAGGGGGAGAAGUUGAUGGUGGAGGAUGGCCGGCCGUUGUUGUUGCACGCUACGAUUGUGAAUACUGUUUAUGUCAAGGGGCGGGAUAAGCAGAGACAUAGGGGAAGACAUGGGAAAGAGAGGAUGGUAGUGGAGAAGGCGGGGGAUAUUAUCGAGCGGUAUGAGGACCAGAUCUGGAUGAGGGAUGUGAGGGUGGAAAGGGUGGCUAUUUGUAAGAUGGGGGCGAAAAAGGUUUUGGAUGGAGAGGGGGGGGAGACGGGGGAGGAGGAGUAUGAGGUUGUGGGGGAGGUUGGGUUUUAG